AUGCAGUUUAAUUUGAGCAUUUUUGAGUUGAAAGCUGAUGAUCAAUGUCAAAACAAAUCCAUGGGUAGAAGUGCUUCAGACAGUCGACAUAUCCAUUCAAAGAGGAAUAUGAAACCUUUCUAUAUUUAUAAGAAAAUAAAACCAAUUUUAGCUAAAAGUAGUACUUUGAAGACAUUUUUAAUUUCCCAUUAUGUCAAACAAUACAGAACAUAUGAUUUUUUAAAGUCAUUAAGGCAUUGUGAUGAGCGACCUAAUCCUUUACACCUUGGUCACGCAAAAAGUUUACCUACAAAAAUUGUGGGAACGCCUCCCGUGUGGAUUUUAGUUGAGGCAGCAGAAACAGCAACAGUUUUAGGAGCUAUUAUCACUGGAUCGUGCGAAUGUAUGCUUGGUUGCCGCUUACAAUCAGCUGUACAAAAGGAGACUGUCUCAUUAUUUAGUCAUUUCAACUUCAAUUUGAGGGUUCGUUUUGAAUUGACACGUCAGUCAUGUGAAAGCAUGAAUCAGACAGCCAGUUGA